UCAAAUGGUCCACGACAGUAAAAACAAGCGAGUAUUCCAAAACGAAUUACUGCCUAGUUUCAGGAAACUGGAGAAAAUGUUUCUAAAUGCAAAUUGAGUUGAGCUACAGUACCUAGCGUUGAUAGAAAGCAUUCGCCCGGAUACAGGAUACGGCAGGAGUUUCAAAGGCCACAUGUGCUUAUUCGUUCGUAGAUCAGGGAAUUGCAU